AUGUGGGUUAUAUGCUUGAAUCUAUUGCUUUUGCUUCGCCUGGUUCGGUGGGUUGAAAUCAGUCCUGGUCGAGUGGGGUUGUCUGAUGGGUUAUAUGUAGUAAUUGUCUUAGAACGGACGUUGGAGGUAGUAAUUGUCUUAGAACGGACGUUGGAGGUAGUAAUUGUCUUAGAACGGACGCCGGAGGUAGUAAUUGUCUUAGAACGGACGCCGGAGGUAGUAAUUGUCUUAGAACGGAUGUCGGACGGUGCUAAUACCUUAUGCUCUAACUUGAAUCCGGGUAAAGAAAAAAGGAUGAUCUACACAGCAAUCGACACAUUCUACCUCUCAGAAGAGCAACUAACAAACUCACCUUCUAGAAAAGAUGGCAUAGAUGAAGCCACUGAGACCACCCUUAGAAUCUAUGGCUGCGAUCUUGUCCAAGAAAGUGGAAUUUUGCUCAGAUUGCCACAAGCAGUCAUGGCUACAGGACAGGUUCUAUUUCAUCGUUUCUAUUGCAAGAAGUCAUUUGCACGGUUCAAUGUCAAGAAAGUUGCUGCAAGCUGUGUAUGGCUGGCUUCAAAACUGGAGGAAAACCCUAGGAAAGCCAGACAAGUAAUUAUUGUUUUUCACAGGAUGGAGUGCAGGAGGGAGAACUUUCCAAUGGAGCAUUUAGACUUGUAUUCCAAGAAAUAUGUUGAUUUGAAAAUGGAAUUGAGCAGAACAGAAAGACAUAUUUUGAAAGAAAUGGGAUUCAUUUGUCAUGUUGAACAUCCUCAUAAGUUUAUAUCAAAUUACCUUGCUACCCUCGAAACACCUCCAGAAUUGAGGCAAGAAGCUUGGAAUUUGGCUAAUGACAGUUUGGGUGUUUUAUCAAGUUUGAGAACUACAUUGUGUGUUCGAUUUAAGAGUGAGGUGGUGGCUUGUGGAGUUGUUUAUGCUGCUGCUCGCAGGUUCCAAGUACCCCUUCCAGAGAAUCCACCAUGGUGGAAGGCAUUUGAUGGGGAGAAGUCUGGGAUUGAUGAAGUCUGCACGGUUCUGGCUCAUCUUUAUAGCCUUCCAAAGGCACAAUAUAUACCAGUCUGCAAGGACGGGGACUUUACAUUCUCCAACAAAUCAUCGGAAUCAAAGUCUCAAUCAACACCAAAGGAUAUUCCGCAACAUAGUCCGGCAGUUGAUACUGAAACUGCCAUGUCAAAGGGUGCUCCAGGAGAUGUUAAUAUUGAAUCAAUUGGUAGCAAGGGUGCUAUGGUGAAGGUAGCCAUUGAUAAGCUGAAAGAUUCCAAAAGGUCUGAUGAUGAAUCGAAAGGCAUGGCUACAAAAGGAGAUGCAAGAGAGGAACACAUACUGAAGUCGAAUAUGUCGAAGUCUGACCGUAAAACAGAGGUCAUUGGCGAGACUCGCAGGGAGAGGGAUAGGGACCGAGAUAGGGACAGGGAUAGAACAAAAUCCAGAGAUAGAGAUCGAGGAAGGGAUUCUGACAAAGAACGUGAACGAGAGGAAGCUGAUAGGGACAAGCUCAAGGAUCGUGGUCACCGUUCUAGAGAGAGAGCAAAGGAUUCAGGACAUUUAGAGAAGUCAAAACGCCAUUCAUCACAUGAUUGGGAUUACCAUGGUUCCUCUUACUCGUCAAGGGAGAAAGAUCGACAUAGACAUCAUUGA